AUGGGCGAGAAGCGGAAAGCGGAGGUGGAGGCCCCGGCCUCCAGCUCCCGCCCCAGGCUGAGCGAGGAGGAAAGCUUAGGCCCAGACCUCGCCAGCCUCGAAGGCCUGCGGGCGAUCCGUGCCCUGCCAGACCUCUGCGGGGGCCGGGCCCUUGCCGCGGCGUCCCGUGGAUGGUUCUGGCGCGUCAAGGACUCCCUGCUGGGCGGCAUCGUGUCCAGGCUGCGGGGCACGCAGAGCGUGCUGCGGCAGCGCGCGAGCCGCUUGGAGCUCUGGGAGAUCGAGGCGCUGCUGCCGCAGAUGGAGACCUCCGUCAAGGACUUCUGCGAGCUCUGGUGCCAGCUGCGGAACCGCCUGGAGAUGGAGCUGCGGACCAACUGCUGGCGGCGCUUGGCGCAGGAGCUGGCGCCCGGCGUCGCUGAGCUGGAGCUGUGCCAGGUGGAGACUCAGUCCUUCACCAUGCCGGCGGUCUCGGUCCUCCCCCCGCCGCCCCACGGGCCUCCGCCGCCGCCGCCGGCGACGGCCGCGGCGCCGUUUCAGGGCCCGGUGACCAUGCCGCUGCUGGGCAACGUGACGGCGGCCUUCCCGGCCGUCGGCCCGGCGGCGGCCAACGCCACCAUCCCCGCGGGGCCGCUGCCCACGGUGAACAUGCCAGGCACCCUGCCGGGCCCGCUGCUGGGCGCGGCCGUGCUGCCGCUGAACGGGGCGCCGAUGGGUCUGCCGCCGCGGGCGCCGCGGGCGCCGCGGCGCCGGGGCCCGCGCCCCCGGCGGUGGCGGCCACGGCGAUCGCCUCCACGGCGCAGCAGGUCGCGGGAGUGGUGA